CUUUUACAUAAAAUGUCAAAUCCAACAGUUGGAAUCAUUGGGAGCGGUAUCAGUGGAAUAUGUGCAGCUAUUCAAGUGAAAGAAAAACUUGGUAUAACUGCAAAGAUAUUCGAAGCAGCAUCGGAAAUGGGAGGAACAUGGAGUCAGAACACGUAUCCUGGUUGUGCGUGCGAUAUUGACAGUCAUAUAUACUCAUAUAGUUUUGCAUUGAACCCAAUGUGGACUCAGAAGUAUAGUGGAGGGAGCGAAAUCAAGGAGUAUGUUCAAGGUGUCGCCAAAAAGUUCGGGGUGUACGAUGACAUACAAUACAAUACCACGGUUAUCAGUGCAACAUGGUCAGAAGAACUUCGCCAAUGGAAGCUGGACUGGAUACAAAAUAAUCAACCUAUUCAAACUUCGUACUAUGACUACCUAUUUUCUGCUCUUGGUUCGCUUCGCAUACCGCGUAUCCCAGAAAUUUUCAAGUCUUUUCAAGGCACUAUCGUUCACACCGGAGCUUGGGACUCAUCUAUUGACUUCACUGAUAAAAAAGUGGCUGUUAUUGGUUCUGGUUCAAGUGCAAUCCAAGUCAUACCUCAUCUUGUCAAGUCUGUCGCCAGUCUAGAGAGCUAUCAACGUUCAAGUGCAUGGGUUCUUGAUCGCAACCAAUUUACCUUUCCUUCGUGGGUAAAAACCAUGUUUCUCUAUGUUCCUUUCAUUUUGUACCUUUACCGUUUCUACUCAUAUUUAGGUUGGGAGUACCUUUAUUUUUUAUUCGGUUAUCCGGAUUCAAAAGCUUCCAAGUUUAUGACUCAAUCUAUCAAAAGUCGAAUGAUAAAACGUCUUGAAGCAAAAGGACGUGGUGAUUUGGUACCUUUGUUGAUCCCAGAUUAUGUAGUAGGGUGUAAGCGAGUUGCACCUUCGGAGAAUUACCUGGAGGCUUUGUGCGAUGAGAAAGUAUAUAUAAACCGGUCUCCUAUUAGGGAGAUUAUUGGGAGAACGAUAGUCACUGAGGAUGGAAGGUCUUCUGAAUUCGAUGUUUUGUGUUUGGCUACUGGGUUCAACGUCUCUGGCUUUCUUGGAAAUCUGCGUGUUACUGGUCGGGAUAAUGUAUGUCUGAAUGACUUGUGGUCUACAGAAUACUCCAAGACAUACAAGUCUGUUGGAAUACAUGGUUUUCCAAACUUUUUCUUAUUGGGUGGUCCAGCCUCACUUCUUGGAAACAAUUCUGUUAUCUUUAUGUUUGAGCAACAGGUUAAACUGGCAGUAAGAUCUAUGGCCUACGCUCAGAAGAACAACUUUAUUGCAAUGGAACCAACAGUCGAGGCCCAAGAUCAAUUCUCUGACCAACUUAGACGUGACUUUAAGGGUACAUCGUGGGAGUCUGGAUGUAAUAAUUGGUACAAGAAUGAAAGAGGAGAGAUAAGUGCUUUAUGGUCUGGACCAUCUUGUGCUUUCUUCUGGAAGCUUCACAAUACAAAUUUUGACAAGGAUUAUAUACACUAUAGUCCCUAGUGUUGAACUGUUUUAUAUUGAUAAGUUUUUGGAUUCUUUUUGGCUGUUAAUAUAAACAUCAAAUAUAGCUUUUUUUAAAAGUUUUUUUGUACAUUUAUUUGACAAUUUAAAGAUAAUUCAAUGAUUCCCGAAAAAAAACUCUUAUAAUUUCAUUUUAUAACCAAAAACACAAGUAUGUCUGUUACGUUUACCACAGAGCAUGUAUACUUUAAUAAAAUGAAAUGAUGUUUCAUUAAAAUCAUAACUUCUU